GUCGCGUCUAAUGGGCGUGUGCAGGAGCGCAGAUUCAGCACCGACAGACUGAUGACCUGAACAGGAGACGCUCUUUGUGGCUUUAUGAUAAUCUGUCGAAUAUUGUUGAAAAGCGUGAACAAACUGUGAGUGUUGAAGAUGACGACCACCACCACUUAUCAAGGCAUGGACCCGACCGCGAGGAACAGCUCCAGGGUGCUGCGUCCACCUGGUGGAGGCUCAAAUAUUUGCUUUGGCACAGAUGAAGAGAAACCUGUGAAAAAAAAUAAAAUGGCAUCUAGUAUAUUUGCCGAACCCGAGGACCCUCAUGCCCAUCGGAGGAACAAUCCACCAGGUGGGAAACCUACAGGUGUGUUGUGUGGAGAACCAUCUGCCCCUCUCAGAAGAUGUACUGCUCAACCAGUCAACCACAGUAACAGCAUGGUUAACAAUAAUCUACCUGUGAAUGGUGAGAAUGGUGAUGAAGGCCCAAUCAGUGUCGAUUGCAUGGAAGAACCUGAACAUUUUCAGGAGCAAAAUGAGACAGCAGCUUCUUCUUCUCUGUCCACAACUGAGGAGCCUGCCGCUGGGCUUCCCUCCAGCCGCAGAAACCCACCGGGGGGCAAAUCCUCGCUAAUCUUAGGUUAAAGAAUUGCCUGAUUUAAGGUUAAGAUCUGGGCCUAUGCGAAACGAGCAUCUCAGAGUUCAUGUGCUGUUCUGUGGUCAGUGCUCAUCCUCUGCGUAACUAUUUCUAAAAUGACAAACUGACUCAAGUCAUUCAGAUCAGGACAAUUUAGUGACUGAAGCAUGUCACAAAUCUCUGAGCUUGUUCAAAGAAUAUCUUUGAAUGUUUUAAGUGUUGCUGUCUUGGUCUUGUCUUGACUGAAUGGCCUUGAUAAAUGAAGAGCAGAUACCGGUUAUGCACUGCUACUCUCAGAUUCCACAAACCAUAGGCCACAAUUUGCCAUCACAGUUCUGCCAUCCAAUGCAUUUUACCGUCAAUGGUCAGCAUUUAGUAAGUUAAGCUCCAUUCAUGUAAGCCUAAAAAAUCUCUCCCUUAUUCAGUGUCUAUGUAUUAAGUUUUGUCAGCACUUUAUGAACCAUGGCGCCCAAUUUGUGGUGCCUCAGGCCUGCUGAUGAACUAUUCUGUAUUAAAUCCAUCACUGCAAACAUUUGUAGAUGUAAGGAAUAAGAAUAAACAAUAAUUUACUGAGUGCUGAAGACAAAAAACAUAACAUCUGGUUAUUCAGUUCCACAUUAAAUCAUUGCUUGUGCAAACAGGAACGUGGUUAAAAGAGCAACAACCUGAGAGUGCAAUGAAAUGUUCUAAUCAAGAACAGGUGUGCCAGAAAAGGUGCAUGUGAGCAAGCUAUUGUGUUUGUUACAGAACAUAAAGUAAUAAAAUGUGUACACGAGUACAAACAA